AGUCACUCCCAGACUAGCAGACCAUCUAUUUAGAUAUAUAGAAAAAACCCCAUCUAUAUUCUCCAGCUCUUUCUCUCUCUCUCUCACUCUCAAAUUCUUUCCCAUUUUCUUGGUUGUUUUUUUUUUCGGUUUCCCAGAGAGAAAGAGAGAGAUCCAUUAUCAUGGGGAGGGGAAGGGUUCAGUUGAAGAGGAUAGAGAACAAGAUCAACAGGCAGGUGACUUUCUCAAAGAGAAGGUCUGGGCUGCUCAAGAAGGCGCAUGAGAUUUCUGUGCUCUGCGAUGCUGAGGUCGCUUUGAUCGUCUUCUCCACCAAAGGCAAGCUGUUUGAGUACUCCACUGAUUCUAGCAUGGAAAGAAUCCUGGAAAGGUAUGAGAGAUAUUCAUAUGCAGAGAGGCAACUUCUUGGAAAUAAUCAUGAGCAGCAGGAUCAGGAUCAGUCAAAUGGAAACUGGACUCUGGAACAUGCAAAGCUCAAAGCCAGGGUGGAGGUUUUACAGAAAAAUCAAAGUCAUUUCAUGGGGGAAGACCUACAAUCCUUAAGUAUGAAACAGCUUCAGAAUUUGGAGCAGCAACUUGAUUCUGCUCUGAAGCACGUAAGGUCUAGAAAGAACCAACUUAUGUACGAAUCCAUUUCAACGCUCCAGAAGAAGGAUAAGGCGUUGCAGGAGCAAAAUAAUUUGCUGACAAAGAAGGUAAACGUCAAAGAGAAGGAGAAAGCAGUAGCCGGCAGUGCUCCACAGUCCCAGGCUCAGUCACAAUGGGAGCAAAUGCAGAGGCAGAGCUUCGACUCCUCCACCAGUGCCCUUCUACCUCAGGCAUUGCCGUCCAUGAAUUUCGGAGGCUCCUCUGGAGGUUAUGAUCAGGAUGAAGAAAUCCCACCUCCGCCUCAACAUCAAGCCGCCGCCAACAGUAACACGCUCCUUCCGCCUUGGAUGCUCCGCCACCUGAAUGAAUAGAAGGCAUUUAUAUAUAUUAAUUCAGCAAAGUAUUGAUUUGUGUCUAUAAUUACAUAUAUGAUAUAUGUACACCAGUUAGCUUAAAUAUCAAGUGUCUGCACUCUGCAGGUGUAAGUUGAAUUUUGGAAAAACUAGCUAGCUAUCACCUUGUGUAUGUAGUAUUGUUUACAUCUAUAUAUAUGGCCACAUGGGAACAUUGUUUUUAAGGGGACUGCUCUCAAAUUAACUUGAGAUAGAUUCAAUUAAGAACGCAAGCAUGCAUCAGGUUCAUCAUAAUUGAA